UAUUUUGCCUAGUUUGAAUAAAGUUCAAGGGGCGUUUGUUGCUCUAAAGAGUCCGUUUGUCCCCUCUAGCGCCCGCAGCCUGUAUUAUUUUCAUUAUCUAAGCGCCUCGUCAUGGCGGCUCAGACCCGGGCUCUGGUGUCGGCUCAGUGGCUGGCAGAUGCUGUCAGAAACAACCUCGUCGGACCAAAGCUCCGUAUUCUGGACUCCUCCUGGUACCUCCCGAAAACCAAGCGGGACCCGAGAGCUGAAUUUGCGCAGAAACACAUACCGGGCGCGUCUUUUUUUGACAUCGACGACUGCUGUGACAAGUCCUCUGCGCUGGACCACAUGCUGCCCACUGCCACCCACUUCUCCCAGUAUGUGGGGGAUCUGGGCAUCGGUAACGACACGCACGUCGUGGUUUAUGACACCAGCGACUUCGGGUCUUUCGGCGCGCCCCGGGUCUGGUGGAUGUUCCGGUUGUUCGGUCACGGUUUGGUGUCGGUGCUGGACGGAGGUAUGAAGAACUGGCUGGCUGGAGGCUUCCCGGUGACAGCUGAGUACUGCAAGCCGGACUUCCGAGAGUUUAAAGCGGAUUUGAAUCAGCCCUGGGUCAAGAGUUAUGAAGACAUGCUGGACAACAUCGCGACCAAGAAGGUCCAGGUGGUGGACGCCAGGUCAGCAGGGAGGUUCAGGGGCGUUGAACCGGAGCCCAGAGACGACACGCUGCCGGGACAUUUCCCCGGCGCCAUCAACAUGCCGUUCACGUCUUUCAUGGACGCCUCUGGAAAGGAGCUGGGAACUGAGGACCUGUCCAACCUGUUCAGAGAGGCCGGGGUGGACCUGGAGCAGCCGCUCUGGGCCACCUGUGGCUCCGGUGUUACCGCGUGUCACGUGGCUCUGGCCGCUCACCUGCUCGGGCACCCUGGGGUGUGUGUUUAUGACGGCUCCUGGUCCGAGUGGUUUAAGAGGGCGGCUCCGGAGCAUAUCCUCUCAGAGGGAGAGGGGAAGAAGGUGUGAAUGAAAGAGGACAAGCAGAGGACUGUGAGCAAGAAUGUGACUUUUACAUGGCAAAGAGGUGUGUUUGCUAGAGAGAUCAAGACAAUAAAUGUAGCCUUAUAAUGUACUUUCUGCUAAUACUGAGGAGAUGCUGCACAAUGCACAGCGAGCUUGUUAUGAAACUUAAUUCAUACUUUACAGCCGCUGUGAGAAGCCUUCUGGGGAAAUCUACCUAUGCAAAUCAUCCGACUUUUCUUACUAGUUAACUUGCACAUUUUAGAAAAGUUACAAUAUCCUGAAAUAACAUGAUUUUGUUUGAUAAUGUCUCAGCAUGUUACAAAUAGCACAGUUUAGGGACUCUUCCAAGAGGGUAUUAAGAUAGAGGACGUUUGAUUCUUGGAAGAAGUGCACUUUCUUGAUACAUUUAUGAAUUAUUUUACAUUGUUACAAUAAAUGUUUAAGGUCCUUGUUUUGUUAAGCUCAA